UCGGUUGGGGAAAAGACCAUAAACACCUUCAUGUAACACCUUAUUUGCAAAGUUGUCUGCAUUUAGAGAACACAUUCAUCGCAUCAGAAAGAAUUGAUACGAAACUACUAUGGCGGCCAUUCUUUUCAAGGGAAUCGCAGCUCGCUCUCUCACCACACGUCUAACUAGCUCCUGUUAUUAUGGAAUGAAAUACUCAACCAAGGUGUCUAAUGAUCCAGACACACACGAUGACUUUAAGCCAGCUAAUAAGCUUGAGAAUUCUGGCACUUCUUUGUCAAACAUUAUCGAGCAGGAUGUCAAGGAUAAUCCUGUAAUGCUAUACAUGAAAGGCGUGCCUGAUUUUCCACAGUGUGGAUUUAGUUCUCUUGCAGUUAAAGUUUUAAAACAAUAUGAUGUUCCUUUGAGUGCUAGAAACAUUUUGGAGGAUCCUGAACUGAAAAAUGCUGUAAAAGCCUUCAGUCAUUGGCCAACAUUUCCACAAGUUUUCAUUAAGGGAGAGUUUGUUGGUGGAUCAGACAUUAUUCUUAAUAUGCACCAGAAUGGUGAGUUGAAGGAAAAGCUUAAGGAUGUUGUGUCCAAGCAGUAAAAGCACAACUAAGGCGAUGGAAUUUAUAAGAGAGAGGUAGUUUAGACCGACUUGUUCGACGCAAACUGUUUCUUUUUGCUGAAAAGAUUACAUUAUGUGAUAGUAAUAAGUUAUUCAAUGGAUUUCUUUAUUGUGAUAUACAAAUUUCGCGUGUGCGUGCCCUUUGCUAUGAAAUUAUAGUUAAGACUGAACUUAUAUUCA